UGGGGCAGCUGUGGCCGUGUUAUGAGAGGGCAGGGCACGAAGCAGCCUGACCGACGUAUACCUACCCUGCGCGUCCGCGCGGGACUUCAUCAACGCUGCCACUACUGACGACGGCACCUUUGGAAGCUCCGCCACCUGUGUCACCACCUCCGCAUCACUUGUAUCUAAGUGACUCUGGCCUGCACAAGGAGUUUUUCUUUGUUCUUUGUUUGCCACGAAGCAUCCCACUCUGGCAAUCCUCUCAUCGUUCGAUUCUUCACUGUCUGAAGCUCAGUUCUAGACACGACGGGUGCGGUUCACUUGAAGCAGUGCAACGUUCUAUGAAGUACAAAUCGUGAAUGUGGCAUGGCUCAUGCGAGUCGGGCCGGCGCGUAUGAGUAGAGACGAUCGAGGAAAGCGUGAGCACGCCGGCGCACGCCGCGCGACGCGGUCCAUCUCAAACGCGCGCCAAGUCCACAUCAAUGUACGCGUCUUCGCGCUGCAAGCCACGUCCAUGAUCAUCAUCAUCAGCAGUCAAACUUUCAACCAUCGCAACUCGAACUUUGAACGUGGAGCAUCUUUGGCGAUCACUUGAGACUGCAGGCCCUUUACACGCGAGGGCAUCUGCAAAGCAGUUGAGUUGCGUCUGUCUUGCCAUUAGAGGUGCGACGAUUCUAUACACAAGUCAAGACUUUGUCAGCAAAGGAACUUGUUCGAGCCAGGCGCCUACGAUACCGGACGUCGCUGCGAGGGCAGAGCAUUCAUACCUUUGCACACGGCUUCUGCAAUCGCCAAGGGAUCUGCCAGCUGCGAUACAGUCGCGAGGAAGCGUUUGCCCUCACACAGGUACCACCAUACGUUGUGAUCCCUACAUCCCGCAUCGAAACAAAGGCUCGUAAGCGGCGUUGCACCGUACUGCGUCGUUGCGCG